ACUCUCGCAAGGAGACCGAAUCACGCGCCGGAUCAACCGGAGUAGAGGCUGUGGUGUUCAAAAAAGCGCUUCAUCGAGACACGACUAUCCUUCCUCGGCAGAUAGAGCCGGGUAGCUUUCCCGCUCAAGCGACCCCUAGACAACGGGCUCAUCGUGAUCAGAGCCCGAACUAUAUCUCGAGCGGAGAGCGUUCAACAACUCAAAGAUGAAGGGAGCCGGCUCAGCAUCCGGCAAUCCUUCGGAAUGCCUCCGUCUCUUGCAGACAAGCAAUGUUUUUCUGGCGCUUUUCACGCUGGGCUUCGUGACCGCCGUCUUCGGCCCGACACUCAAUGAAUUGAAUGAUGUCUACCACGAGAGCAUCAAGAACACGGUCCAGCUUCUCUCCUUGCGAGGCUUCGGAGUCUUCGUCGGUGAGUUGCCUCUGUUGUUCGGGAGACGCUCGAUUAUUUCCCACUUCUUACUGGAGUCCGCGGACGGACGACAGGUCGAGAGGGCAUGAGUCGAGAGAGGAUUGGUGCUCCUUGGAAGCGUUUUCGGGAGCAAUGAGAAGAGUAAUACCCAGGCCCUUCGAUCGUGAAAUGUGUUAUCCAGCCAGAUUCAGAUUGGGACCCAAGAACUAUCGGCAUGAGAUCGCAAGGGUCGGGGAAUCUCGUUCGAAAAUAUAUUCAAUCAACCGAUCUUAUUUGAAAAGAUACCUCGAAUUCCCCGCAGGAUCGCUUUUGGGCAGCUCCAUAUUGUACAGAUUCUUCAACGGAAAAAUAUGCCUAGCGUUAGCGAUGAUCCUUGGAGGGUUUUUCCACGCUAUCAUACCCGUUCUCCCGAGCUUGGCACAUGCCGCUGCAGCCACGUUAGCCGCUGGGACUUGCGUCGGAGUACUCGAAACUGGAGGCAAUGUAUGGCUGGUACAGCUGUGGAAGGACAAAGUUGGUCCCGUUUUCCAAAUGUAUCAUCUCAGCUACGGAAUUGGCGCGUUGCUUUCCCCGGUCAUCGUGGAACCUUUCCUCCGAACUGAAACCCACGGUCAUAAUGCGACUGAAGCACAUACUGACAUAGCUGCCGAGAGCGUGGUCCAUGUGCCCUUUUUGAUAUUCGGAUCGUCGUACGCUCUGGUCGGAGUGCUGAUGCUGGUGCUCUUCUUCUUUGACACGUCGAAUGUCACUCAACAAACCCCCAAAGACGAUGGGAAGGGAACGAAGACGAACAGUGCAUUCUUCGAGGUCAAAAUAGUAGCGCAUCUCAUCCUCUUUAUCUUGAUCCUGGUCGCGGUGGAAAACCAGAUCGCACAAAUGCUCAGUGUUUACGCGAUCACCAACGAAGAUCUGGAUUUCGAUGAGCACUCGGCGUCGUAUCUCCUCGCCGACUAUUGGGCGACCUUCACAAUAGGUCGAGUGAUAGCAAUUUUCAUGGCCUUUAAACUCCUCCCGUACACGAUUCUCGUUAUCAGCAACACGGUUUGCGUCAUCGGGACCUCGAUCCUGGUGAUCUUCGGCAUGACGCAAAACUGGUCUCUUUGGGUCUCGAUCGGUAUCCUGGGUUUCGGCCUGGCUCCGUGUUACGGCGCAGCAAUGUCGUGGGCUGUCCGCUACGUGAAGCUCCGAUACGUUCACAUGACCCUCGUCCUCGUGGCCUCCUGCACAGGUCAGAUGAUCCCACCCCUGACGGUGGGCUGGAAAAUUGCGACCAAUCCCCGCGUAUUCGUCUACGCCAUCGCGGGUUUCAUGAUCAUCCACACUAUCAACGUGUCUCUUAUGUAUCUGAGCACUAAAGGAGCCGUGGCACAAUCCGAUAAAGAAGUCGAAGCCAAUCCAGCGAAAGAAGUCGUCGAUCUACCGGAUCAGUGAUCGGGACUAAUCGCUGAUUGUGGAAAAUAAGCGGCUCGGCUAAAUUCAAGCAGAUGCCGGAGCAAUUCACUGUUGAGAUGAGCAAGAAUCCACCGAAGUUGGCUGCGCCGGCCAGGAACGCAGCUGGGACAACCGCAUCUUCGUAGGAUUUCUAUAGCGCAUAAUAUUAUAAUCAAUCGAUUCCGAAACGCAUAAUAUUUUAGGGCGAAUGAUCCUUACUUAGCACCAAAGAUGGAAUAAGCGAGCGGUAGCCGUUGAUUUUAAGCGAGUGAAGAAAUUUCGAUGCCUACAGUUUCACGCUCAAUGUACAAGCAUAGUACAGUGCAAUUCCGUGCACCGUCGAUCUAGAUGCUAAAAUGAUAGUGACAAUAAUAAUCUAAUAAUGAAUGAUACGAGCCGUGAGGUCCUGAGCUCCGAGGGCGGUCUCAGCAGUGAAUUUAUGAAUUCACUCAAGAAAAGCAACGGAUAUGUUAAAGGGAAGCAUUGUUGACGGAACCUAGACGAAUCUUCCCGCAAUUCCGAUUAAUCCUCUGCAUAUCAAAAUGCUCAAUAAGUAUCCGGAACAAGGUGUAGCCCCAGGCUACGAUGAGGGAUGUUCGCUCGUCACUAAAUAAGAUUCCCGAGGUCGUCGGGGACUUCCUUCCUCUCUUAAACGCAAUACUUCUCGCGAAAACGAAGCAUCACAACUCACAACACGUCUUCCGGCUUCAUCAAGCGAUUCAGAAAUUUUCAGCGAACUUCCCCAGCUCAGAAAAAUCGUGGAUUCACCUCAAUCUUGUCUCUACAUCUUCUAGCAAAGCAGCCAAGAUAUCGGUCAUUUUGUAUACAGAUUCAAGAUUGUCAAUAAACUCUCUGAGAGUCCAUUCAGCAAGAAGGGUCUCAGGGAGGUAGUCCGACUCCUAGGAGAAUACA